UGCGCGCGCCAGUGUCGGUGAAUGAGUGAAUCCUCGAAACCGAAUAGGAUUCCCGCGAGAACAAUAACAAGAUGUUGCGGUGUCUGGUGCUGGUAGCGGUCGUGUGUGCCGCAUCUGGGGCGACCAUGGAGCAGCGGCAGACGCGAUACCAUCCCGCUGCUGAGGACCGGGAUGGUGCACAUCACGGCGGCGGUGGUGGUGGUGGUGGUGGUCAUGGUGAACGUGGUGCUAGUUCACACCACAGUAGUGGUGGUGGCGGUUCUUCGUACUCUGCACCAGCGCACUCACCAGCAGCGGCCGCACCCGCCGCGUCCUACAGUGCAGGCGGUGGCGGGGGUGGGGGCAGUGACCAGGGUAACCUGUACUACUAUUACUACCCUGUGGAUGAGUACGGUAACACCGAGGCUUCCGAUGCUGGUUUUGAUAUCUUCACGGCCAUCAUCCUGCCCCUGGUGAUUCUUGGGGGUCUGCUUCUGGCUCUUUCAUCCUUCACGUUCACGUUCACGGGACGCGCGAUGAGAGACAACGCUGAGCCAGGGAUCGUAGAUCAGCUACAAGGAGAGGUAGAGAGGAUUUUCUACAUCUACCUCAAUGCUUUCGAGUCCGAGGCGUGCAUCCAGAGGGCUGUGUGUCAGACCGGAGUCUACGCCAGCACUACCAAAAACAAGGACUUCUACUUCAGUUUGGUGGAACCCUUCAUCCCUGAGACGAUGAGAGGCAACAUGGCGAUAUUCAAGACGGCCGCCAAGGAUGGAUUUGACAUGGGCAAGUGCACGAAAUAUCGCUGCACCGCCCCCAAAAUUUUCAACUGAUGACACAAUUACAUCCAUAACUCCACUUCAGUCUUAGUCUCCAAUGAUACACGGGUAUAAAAAUGCAUAAGCUGCAUUAUUGUUCCUAAAAGAAAUUAGCUUCCCGUGAAUUUUUUUUUGUCGUCACACGAUGAACAAUAAUGAUUUGAUGUGUACAAAUUUCCUCAAAAAUUAUCGAAAGUUUUAUCAAGGUUCAACAGUCGAUUUAUUAAAUAUAAUAUAAAAGAAAUUAAGAACGUAAGCACGUUGCAUUUCGUAAGAGUUGCUCUCUCCUAAAGAGACUUUUGGUCUCGCUUUAACAAUGACCGAAGAUUCUGGGUAUUGAUGUCAUACUUAGAUUUUAAGUUCUUAUACGGCAUCGAAAUCUAGCUUAAGUUAUUUAUUGAAUAGGGAUACCAUUUUUCCUCUCAUUCGCUAAAAAAAUGGAUUAGUUUCUUAAAAUUAGAUUUAUUUCGAAAGUAAAUGUGUAAUUUAGUUGAGCUAUGAUUCAGUAUCAUUCCAUUAAUCUAGCGACAUUUCUGCAGCGUGUAGAAUAAACGUUCUGAUAAGA